UGAUUUAUGCCAGAUUUAUUUGAUCUUUGUUGUGAAAUUUAUGAACCUAAUCGUGUGAAAGAUAUUUUCUAUAAAAUAAUGGAUAACUAGAAACAUAGUGAAAUAGAAUUAGUGAAAGUGAAUUUAAAAAUCCAACAGAACAAUGUUGAAAACAAAAAUCCCUUUGUAAUCGUUAUAGUGGAUAAUUUGCAGACGUGAUUUGAAAAACUGCUAGCGAAUUAUAAGAUGGCCUAUUCUAGCCACAUCAGCGAUAUCGUCAACCUAAACGUUGGUGGAACUAGAUUUUCCACAUCACGUCAAACUCUUACAUGGGUUCCGGACACAUUCUUUACUUCAUUACUCAAUUCUGAACGAAACGGUCGAAUAUCAAGCUUACGCGAUGAAACCGACGCAAUUUUCAUCGAUCGAGAUCCCAAACUUUUCUCCAUAAUUCUCAACUAUUUGCGAACUAAGGAAAUAGAUAUCAAAUCCUGUGACAUUCGUGUACUUCGCCAUGAGGCCGAGUUCUACAACAUAUCUCCACUGAUCAAACGGUUAAUGUUGUGCGAAGAGAUGGACCAAUCGAGUUGCGGUGAUAUAUUGUUCUACGGAUAUCUCCCGGCACCAAACAUUCCUACGCAGGAACCAGCUAUUCCGUCGUCUUCAACCAGCUCGGUCAGCGGAAUAACGGCAUGUAACUCACUGUCUGGUGUAGUAUCGAAUAGCUCAACUCAGUCUGGCAACUCGAAACCGCAAACGGAUACGUUUUCAGUUCCAUCUACUUCGCAACCACCAUCAGCUGGUACAUCGACGGCAGUGUCCUCCGUUGGAGGACCAUUUCACACAUCCUCUAAUCCGCGACCUGGUUCGAUGGUUCGAGUUCCAGAAUUUUCACAAAGUUCAGGUUCUUCUGGGAGUAGCGCAGGUGGAACUAGUGGAUCUCGCCAUGCGGGUCAUUCACGAAAUUCUUCUUGGGAUCUUCGCGUGUCGUACACUGGUAACGGACGUAACUCACAGUGGGUUCCAGGACAUUCGCGAACUGCCUCGUUAGACAUGAUGCGACAUCACUCUCGAAAUUCUUCCGUUGAUUUGAAUAAGUACAUUCGCAAUGAGGUUGGAUUGGUAUUCGGCCCAAGCCAGUCGUCUGGCUGGGCAGAUCCGAUGCGAGUGCAAAUUAUAAAAGCUCAUCACAAUUGGAUUUUGGUUGCUUAUGCACAUUUUGUUACUUGCUAUCGCCUGAAAGAUUCUUGUGGUUGGCAGCAGAUUUUCGUUUCACCUUAUGUAGAGCAGACGAUCGAGCGGAUUGCUAUAAAUGCUAAAAUGAGCCUGGCGACAUCCGCUGGCGAACAGUCGCACAGCAAAAUGGUUGCAAUCUCGUACGGCAGUCAGAUACGACUGUGGGGAAUCUCGGAGGACGGAAGUAAAAGCGACGUUGGAAUUUUUAAUCUUAAUGUACGCGUUGAGUACUUGUUUUUUAUUGGUAGCCAACUGGUGGCACUUUCAUCAUCUGGUAAAAUUGGCGUGUGGCAUGCAAUGACACAGCAUUGGCAAAUCCAGGACUUGGUUCCUAUUUUGGCAUUUGAUACGGCUGGUUCGUUUCUAUUACUCGGAUGCAACAAUGGCUCAAUUUAUUAUAUUGAUAUGCAAAAGUUUCCACUUAGAAUGAAGGAUAAUGAUUUGCUUGUUACUGAGUUGUAUAAAGAUCCAUCAAACGAUUCAAUUACUGCCAUUUCAGUUUACCUAACACCGAAAACAACAAGUCUAUCUGGAAAUUGGAUCGAAAUCGCCUAUGGAACCAAAUCCGGCUCGGUGCGGGUAAUCGUUCAGCACCCGGAAACGGUUGGCCACGGACCCCAGCUGUUCCAAACCUUCACCGUGCACCAAAGCUCGGUUACCAAGGUAACGUUAUCGGAGAAGUUUCUCAUCUCGGUGUGUAGUGAGUACAAUCACGUGCGCACCUGGCAAGUUACGCGGUUCCGCGGUAUGAUCUCAACCCAACCGGGCUCGACACCGGAGGCUUCAUUUAAGAUCGUUUCUUUGGAGGCAGUGGAUUCCACUUACAGUUACUCGGCCGGUAACGAUUUUGGGCCCUUCGGCGAGCAAGACGACGAGCAAAUUUUUGUGCAAAAGGUGGUUCCAGAUACCGAUCAGUUGUACGUGCGACUUGCAUCGAAUGGCGAGCGUGUUUGUCUAAUCCGUUCCGUAGAUGGAACCACUGUAACCUCGUUCUGUGUACACGAGUGUGAAGGAUCGUCUCGAAUGGGAUCUCGUCCCCGCAGAUUCAUACUGUCGGGACACUGUAAUGGUGCAAUCCAAAUGUGGGAUCUAACGACGGCACUAGAGAUUUUCAAGAAGAAAGAUCAACACAAGAAGUUAAUUGGAGGUCCUACGGCAGACGAACUGAUAAGACUAUUAGAUCAGUGCGAUCUCAGUAAUAGCCACUGUUCAACACCAUGUAUGUCACCGUGCCCAUCGACGAUUUCAGUGGGAGGAACGGCUAGCGCUGCUCGAUUAAAACCGUUUAAUGUGGCGUUUCUCAACCAAUCUGCGGCAGCGGCUGUCGCGGGUGGAAUUGUUGGCGCUGGUCUGCCCAAUCCGGACCAACCGAACUGAUCUACGCUAAGACGUCGACGUGGGAUUUGAAAGUGGUUGUGCUGUUAUCUGAAUCUGUAGGCGGCAUCACAUGGUUACAUGGUAUAGCGUUCGGUCUAAACUUAACGCGAAUAUAUAUUCUCUAAUUGUGAUUUUACUUUAUAACAUACGAUAAUAACGAUUUGUCGUUAAUAAUUUUGCUCCAUAAGAGCGAUUAAAUCUAUCGACGUUGACGAUUCCUGAAACCAUUGAAACAGUAAUAUAAACAAUGGCUAUGGCAUUAGCUGGUAUUUUAAAUUUUAGCCAAUCCAAAUAUGUAGAAAUAAAUUAUAUUUUUGAAUAAAACAC